AUGUAUAUUAUAAAAAAAAAUAUAAAUAUGUCUAGUGAAAUAAAAGAGACUACCUCUGUUAUUGAUAAUUUAGUUAAUUCAUUUAACAGAAGAAAUUCAAAUGUAUUAACAGUAACUAAUUCAGUUAAAUCUACCUCUUUUAAUGAAUUAUUAAUACAAAAAGUUAAAGAAUUUCCAGAAUUAUAUGAUCAUCAACAAAGAGCCUGUACUGAUAAUGUUGAAAGAACAAAAAUUUGGGAUAUGAUUGCAUAUUCAAUUGAUCCUACUAUACCAGGUGAAUUUGCAAAAAAAAGAUGGCUUCAAAUGAGAGAUAGAUAUAGAAAAGAAUUAAAACUUGCUUUAAGAGAUAGCUUUAAAUUUCCUCCUAAAUGGGUGUAUUUUAAAAAACUUACUUGGUUGGAUUCAUAUUUAAAAGAUUGUUUUAUACAGGCAGGAUUUUCAUAUCCUAUUAAACAUGAUUCCGAAGAAGUAAUUGAUACAGAAAUUCGUAGUGAAUCAAUAGAAAAUAGUAAUCAUGGAAUAUAUCUUGAUAAUAUUUCUUCAUCAAUCACUUCAAAUUCUAUGCUUCAAAAAAUGAUCUCUAAUACAAAUAGUAUUAAAAAAUAUCAUGACAAUUAUAAUGACCAUUAUAAUGAAGAGGAAAGCAUAACACAAUCAACAAAUAAUCACUCUUUAACACCUGAAUCACGAUCAUCAAUAGAAAAAAUAUAUACCAUUGAAGAUAAAAACGAUAUAAUUUUAGAAAGGCAAUCACCAUGUGUAAUAGCACCAAGAAUACAUAGAAUGACACAAAAUAUAUUAGGAAUGAAAAGAAAAUCAAGUCAAGGAAUAGCAAAAAAUCAACUUAACAAUCAUUCCAUUUCACUACCAAUAACAAAUAAAAAUGAAACUGAUUCAGAAGAUGUUGAAAUUGUUAAAAAAUCAAAGUUAGAAGAUACAUUUUAUACAACAAUCUUAGAAUGGUUAGAAGAUGAAGAUUUUUUAUUGACAAAACUUAUUAUUACAAGAUUAUCAAAAUUACCGCCAAAUGUAAAAAAAAUUACUCGUAGAAAGUUAUUUAAUUUGUUAGAUGAAGCUGAAGAUACUCAAAAUGAUUAA